GGGUGGGGCUGCACUGCACCAAGCUUGCAGCAACUUAGCUCAGCUAGCUAGCUAACUUGCUUGCAUCUGUACAGAACUGAGGAUGUCCGUGUAUCAAAGUGCUAGGAGAAGAAAGCCUGCAAACAAUGAUGAGAAAAGGCAGUCAGUUUACUUGCCUCAAGAUAAACACACUCAUUUGCAGAAACCUCUAAAAGAGACAGCAUUUGAAGAUCCUAUCUUUCCUGGAAAGGUUGUGACAAUUGAAAGAGGGCAUCCAGGACUAGGGGCUAUAGCUGUUCCUACUAGCAUUAUACGAGAAUCGUUUCACAGAAGAGUUGGAAUUCAAGAGAUGAUCGAUCCGUCUGGUGUCUACAAGCUCCGCACAGUUGAGAUAAAGAGGAAUCACGGAGAAAGCAUAGGUUUCUAUAUAAGGCAAGGUGAUGGCUGGAAACGAGAGGGUGGAGUCUUUGUGUCCAGAGUGAAUCUUGGUAGCGUGGUGGACGUCAAUGAUUUGCUACACGUUGGAGAGGAGAUCGUGAAAGUGAAUGGAGUAAAUAUCACAAAGAUGCCUUUGAAUGAUGUGGUAUCACUCAUUCAGAAGAAAAGAAACAUUCUACGCCUUACAGUGAAACUUCCUACUUCUGAAGCAAUCUUACAAACAUUUUCUGCAAAACAUCGACUCCCAGUGUCACAAGAGAUCCCUCCUACAGUCACUAUUCUCAAUGAUGACAUUUCAGUACAAAUUAAAUCCACUCCAGAAAUUGAUCGAGCUGAACUCAAUCGAGCACAAGACAGUACUAACGAUGAUGAUAAAGAGCUCACAAGAACUAGUAGAAGCACUCCUAAAUUAGCUGACGAUGCCGCAAUAAUAACGGAGCCAAUUAUUUCCUCAAUGCCUGAAGAAGCAAGUAUGACAUCUUCCGAUUCCCCAGAGUCCUCUCCUCCUCCCUCACCUCCCACGUCUCCAGUACCAGAGCUGCUGGAUUCACCACCACCUUCUCCUACUUUAGUGAACUUACCAUCAUUCAAACCGGCCGACAAGUAUUCUUCACCAACCAGUGAAGACUCUUCAUCAUGUUCUGAUGAAUUGACUGAUUCACUGAAAGAUCUUCUAGACUUUCCAUCUACAUUUGAUAUUUUAACAUCCGACAAUGAAUCAGAUGUCUUGCUCGGCAAACAAACUCCAUCUCUCAUGACAUCAUCUCUCUCCAGUAUACCCCCCACAUUGUUCCCUUACCCUCUAACACCUCCAGCAUCUGUUUCAUCGUCUGAUUGUACCUCAUCAGUAGACUCUCCCACUGUACCCAUCUCUUACUCUCCUAUACUGUUCCCACCUUCACAGCCUCACUCCUCACACUCUCUCACUCUUUCAAAAUCAUUCCCACCUUCACCACCCCCUCCAACGCCCCCCACAUCUCUCCCACCCUCACAGCCACCCACUCCACCAUCCUCACCACCCCCUCCACUACCUACGUUUCCACCCCCCACAUUGUCCGAACCAAUUUUACCACCCACAUCAAAACUAAGCGAAUCUGAUGUCGAAGACAUUUUCAAAAUGAAUGAAAUUGAGACUCAUUUACGACAUUGGCUGACACAUUAUGAAACAAAUGGUAUGGAGCAGCAAACAAACAUUUGAAGUUCUGUCAACACAUGUCAUUUUUCAUAAUGGACCAUUACAAAAUAAUAACCUCAUAUGAACGAAUUAUUGAUGCCUCAGACUAUUAACCAUAUGCUCCACAGUUUACAAG